UCUACGAUAUUAAUGCAUAAUCAAUAAAAGUAACAUUAAUGCAAUUCUUUUCGUUGUGUAUUUAGGGAACCUCGCAGAAUCACAGGGGGCAGAAUGCAUGCGAUAAAACACAAUGCUUCGACUGUGGUUCCAAGGGAGGACUACAGAGCAGCUGUGCCUAGUACGCCGUAAAGGAAACGAAGAAGAAAAAGAAGAAUCAGCACCUAUGUCACCAAUGCCCCGGUGCUGCACCGGUUUUGACACUAGAAGAAGAGAAGCACUCUCACACGGAAGAAUCAUGGCUUCGCCUGCCGGUUGCGAGCAUUAUGAACGCAGCUGCUUGUUGAAAGCACCUUGCUGUGGUAAACUGUACGUGUGUCGGCUGUGCCACGAUGCAAAGGAGAACCACGAGAUGGACAGAUUCAAAGUCACGGAGGUGCAGUGCUCUGAGUGUCAGACGGUGCAGCAGGCACAGCAGACUUGCCAGCAGUGUCAUGCACAGUUUGGAGAGUAUUACUGUGACAUCUGCCACUUGUUCGACAAGGAUAAGAAGCAGUACCACUGUCAGCCCUGUGGAAUAUGCAGGAUUGGGCCCCGGGAGGAGUAUUUCCAUUGUGUGAAGUGCAACCUGUGUUUAACUGAGGCUCUGCGGGGAAACCACAAGUGCGUUGAAAAUGUUUCAAGGCAGAACUGCCCAGUGUGUAUGGAGGAUAUUCACACGUCCAGAAUUGGUGCUCACGUUCUUCCAUGCGGCCAUCUUCUACACAAAACCUGCUUUCGUGACAUGAUCAAAAUGGGAGCGUAUCGCUGUCCUUUGUGUAUGCACUCUGCCUGCGAAAUGGAGGAGUACUGGGAUCAGAUCGACAUAGAGAUUUCCAUGUCACCAAUGCCUCAUGAAUACUCGGGUGCCACUGUCAAAAUUAUAUGUAAUGACUGCCAAACCCACUGCACGGUGCCUUUCCAUGUGUUGGGCAUGAAGUGCAGUGGCUGUGGCUCCUACAACACUGCACAGGAUGGAGGACUCAUCCAGCAACAACCACCACCACAGCAGCAGGACGCUGAGAAUGAGACCGAGGCAGAGCAGCAGGACGCUGAGAAUGAGGCAGAAACCGAGUCAGAGCAGCAGGACGCUGAGAAUGAGGCAGAAACGGAGUCAGAGCGGACAGAUGAACCUCGGUCGCCUGCGGCAGAUUAAAAACCAACGUUUGUACUUUAGACAUUCAGCUUGUUCACUGACUCAAAAUGAGUAACAAUUGACCAAGCGGAUAUUCAGAUUGUACAUAUGUAAAAACUUUUGGUUCAUCAUUCUCAGGGCACUAGGUUAUCUGUGCUUGACAAAGUCACAGAAUUCACUUACAGGCAGUCUGACCGGAGCCACUGUGUGGCACCAUGAUAAAAAUAAAGGAUUGUUUUCAUAAGUUCAGGGACAGUGUUCUAUGUACAUCCUAUUUUAAUGUUCAAGAUAGUGACACAGGUGUAAGCUUAACUAUAUUUACCUUUGAAAGUUUCAGACCCAAAUAGAAAUCUGAUGUUAUGUUCGCUCAAACUGGCAGCAUGGCAAUGUGUAGUUGCAUCUAAUUGAAAUAAAAUGGAAUGUGUAAUUCACUCUAAA